CUCAUGGGACUUGUAGUUUGGCAAAAGCUGGAGGGCCGCCAGUUUGACACCAAUGAGCAAGGAGCAGGGGCGGACUGACAACUCAUGGGGCCCCCGGGCAAUAGGGGAUCAUGGGGCCCCUGUGUCUUUGCCCAAACUCAAAAAAGCCUAUGAAAAAGGUACCAGGGGCAUCUCAUGGGGCCCCCUACUGACCCCGGGCCCUUGGGCAGUGCCCGAGUUUCCAAAUGGUCAGUCCGCCCCUGGC